AUGGUGACGUUUAUGUUUGAGUUGUACAUUGUCCCAUUUUAAAUAAAGUUCAUUUAAAAAAAAUUAAUAGACUGUUUCUUGUUUUGUCAUUUUUAUAGGAGAUGAAUGGUUCGCGCCUUUCACCAAACAAGAAACAAUUCUGCAUAAAGGGUUGCUGCAAUGAAUGAAUCAACUGAAGUGGUUAUGGAUGGUAGUUCCCUGCUCAAGGCAGUUUACCAUAGUCGACUGCGUCUGACUCGGCUGCUCUUAGAAGGAGGUGCUUAUAUAAAUGAGAGUAAUGAAUAUGGAGAAACACCCCUUAUGGUAGCUUGUAAGACACAACACACAAAUCCACAAAGUGUACCUAAGCCUAAGAUGGUUCGGUAUCUUCUAGAAAAUGGUGCUGAUCCAAACAUUCAAGACAAGACGGGAAAAACGGCUUUGAUGCAUUCGUGCCUUGAACAAGCUGACCCUGAAGUUCUAUCCCUUCUGCUGGACAGUGGAGCUGAUCCAACUCUGGAAGAUCAUGCAGGAUUAUCAGCAUUAGUUUAUGCAGUGAAUUCAGGAAACAGGAAAAUUCUUAGUGUUCUUCUGGGUGCUUGUAAAGCAAAGGGGAAGGAGGUUAUCAUUAUAACUACCAGCAAAAUGGCUUCUGACCAACAGAUGACAAAACAGUACCUCAACGUCCCACCCUCUUCUGUUUCGGGAAGUCUGUCUUAUACUUCAGUAUGUAGUUAUAGGUCUCCAUAUGAGUCCCAGACUGAAACUCUUCCACACAGUUCCUUGACUACCCCUUCUCUCCAAACCUGCAGCUCUCUUCUUGGUCCCAGUAUGAUUAUGUUUCAACCAGUUUCUUCAGCCCAACCAUCGAGUCCUGUACAUAUUUCUGACUUGGAUAAACAACUUUAUCCCUACAAGGUACACACUGAACAGAGAUCUAAGAGUUCCUCCUUGCUGCUCCAACAAAAUCAAGCCUGUUCUUUGAUAGAGGAACCAGUGGAAAAUACUUUUGAAGAAGAGGAGCUAUCAAUCAGAUUAAAGGCUUUUGGCAUACAAAGAAGACCUCCAGCUAUUUCAAGGCACCACAGCAUUGAUGUUAAAGAUGGAACACAGUACCCAAAGUCUCUAGACCACAUAUCAGGAAAUGAGAUUGCUGAGAGAAGACGGAGAGGCCUUGGCAGAAAGAUGUCAUAUGAUAGUGCUGCAAGUUCUUUGCAUGCCUUAUCACACCCAAACCUGCAUCAGGAUAGCCUCCCUUUUUCUAGUGAAUCCAGUCCAGUGGAUGAAGAUUCAUCUGACUGUCUUAGGCAGCUGAAUAUCUCCAGUCUACAAAAUGUAGUGAACCGCAGGAACAUUGGGAUGGAUCACUACAGUUCUGACUCACAGUUGCUGCAAGUUGGCAGUUGGGAAAAAAUUCUCAAAAGUGGUGGAGGAGCUGCAUUAGAAAGGCACAAACCGAUGAACAGCAGACAUUUUACUUUGUCUGAAACUAAGGAUUCUUUGGAGAGUUUUGUUCCAAGACGAGGUGCUGCUGGUCUGGAGAGAAGAGGCUCCGGGGCCCUACUUCUGGAUCGUAUUGCCCACACUCGCCCUGGGUUCCUUCCUCCUUUGAAUCCUCGUGCUCCUAUUCCAGAUAUUGGGGCUAGCCCUAGUUUUUCCUCCAGUUCUAGUGUGGGGAAUGGUGUUCUGGCAGGGUCAAAGUCUGUUUUGCCCAGUGUACCUGCUUACCCUCAGGAUCUAAAAAUUAAAAAAAUAUUGUGGAGACGCCACUCAAUGCAAAGUGAACAAAUAAAACAGCUUGUUAGCUUUAGAGAAACUCUUGGAAACUGAAAACUGUUGUACCUGUCAGAAGUAAAUGCACGUAUUUACAGCACUGCGUAUGGCACUGUUCCAGUUAAAUAAAAGUCAAAGUCAAGUGAUUAAAGAAGAAAGACAGACUCGAGGUGUGAAGCCUGCACUGCUAUUUUACAGUGCAGACUAACUGUCAAAAAUCUGAGUCCAGUUCUACAAACUGAAAAAUGGAGAUAAAAUUGUGGACCUGCUUCUGGGCCUUUUUUCUAAAAUAUGUUUGGUUCUUAUGUUUUAUUCCCACAUGUUGCAAGAAUUGCAUGGUUUAAUUUGUUCAUCAUUGUCAUGCACAUUAGGUGAAAAUUAUCUGGUGUCCAAAUGAGCUACAGUCUAGUUAAAAAAUGCUGGGUUACUCAGUAAGUAGUUAAUUGAAGGCAAACCUCUAAAGCUUUUGUUGUGUUAAACAUUACAAAGUCAAAACGUAAACUACAGAAAUAAGAAACUGUAUUAUCUUUAGUGACAUGUUAAGCACAGCUUUACCAGCAAUGUUACCAACAUGAACGACAGGCCUGCAAGGUUCAUUUCAAAACAUUUCUACUACAGUGUGGGAUUAAACAUAUUUUUAUGGAAUUGUUUUAUUGAAAUUAGUGAGAUAUGACAUGCUUUCUGGAUCUUGUAAGCUUUUUAUUUGCCAAAAUGAUAUUUUCCAAAAAAAAGAUUGGAUAAAGACAUAAAUAAAUGUUUUG